GAAGGCGGCCUCAGUAAAUAAAAUUGCAACAAAGAGACAAGUGUCUCUCGCACUGCCGCUUGCCGCUCUCUCUCUCUCUCUCUCUUUGUGAAGGGCAUUCCACAAAUAUUUCGUUUCGUGUGUUUGAUAAGCAUUCAACCGCCGCCUGAUAAGCUUCGAUAACAGUUCAACGGCAAAGCUUCAAGCGCGCGCGCUCUCUCACUCUCUGGCUCUCGCUCCACCUGCUCCUCUCCCGCCGCUCUUCGGCUCUCGCAUACCUGCGGCACAGGCACAGGAACACACACAACACACAGUUCCCGAACAGCUGUUGGAGCGAGUGUCAAUCCAAUAAGCCCGGAGGGAGGCAGCAACAACAAUAACAAAAAAAGUGCAACAAAAAUUAUAUAUUAAUUAUAUUCAAAAGGAAAAGCGAAAGCUAAAGAAAACACCAUGGUCCGUGAUCGACUACCGGAGCUUUUACAGCGCUCGCUGAGCUCUCAAUCCAGCUCCUCGUCUAACGGCUCACUCCUGCUGAGCGUUUACAGUGGGACAACAGAGUACAGCAAUAGUAACAGCAACAGCAACAGCGCAAGCGCUUAUAUCAUCAACAACAACAACAAUAACAGCAGCGAGAACAAGGAUCGUGGCAGCAGCAAGGACCGAGGUAGCACGAAAAUGUCGCAAUAUGGUGCGAAUGUCGAUGACAUUCUGAAUCCGUACGCGCAGAUCCGUUUGCAGCUCUCACAGAUUGCCGCCAAUCUGGAGGCCAUGAACCGCAUGACCCAAACCAUUAAUCUGCGCACAUUUAACGAAAACGAAAUGGAUGAUCUGCACAAUAAAAACUUGCGACUGGGCAACCAGCUGAUGAAUCGCUUCAGGGAUUUCAAGACAAACCUGCCGCCAGAGAACGACUAUUGCCUUGAGGCGAGAAUGAAGCGAACCCUUUUCUAUGGCCUCUACCAGACGUACAUCAAUCUGUGGCAAAAGAACGAGCUCUUUCUGCAAAACUAUGAGCUAAAGAUCAAAAAGAAUCUGCGCCUGCACUCAAAAAUAAUCAAUUCGGAGGCCAGUGAGCAGGAAAUCGAGCUGCUCAUGGAGAACAAAACCACCAAACUCUUCGUGGACAAUUUCCUACAAGAAACAGAGAAGGAGAGACAGACCCUUCGUGAUCUCAUGGAUCGUUUCAACGAGCUGCGCAAGCUGGAGAAGUCCAUUGAGGAUGUGCACGCACUGUUUAUGCGCAUCCAAACGCUGGUGAUGGAGCAGAGUGAUACGAUACAGCGCGUGGAGUUCCAUGCCCAGCAGGCAACGCUGUAUGUGGACAAGGGUGCCGUGGAGCUCGAUCAGGCUGAAAAGCACCAGAAAAAGGCGCGGAAGAAAAAGAUAAUGCUCAUUACAAUACUCGUUGCUGUGCUGUUAGUAUUACUGUUUGUUGGUAUUUAUUUGUAAGACGGCAAAAUAUCCUCUUUUUUUUCACUACGUUUAAGAUUUUAAACUAAGAACUAAGAAAAUACACUUAAAAUA